AGGCCAGACACAAUGUUGCACUGGCUGUUCCAUCUCACUCUCCAGGUCCUUUUUUUUAUUUUCCCUUCUUUUCGAACUCCUUUCUCUUCUUCCUUCAUCAUUGUCUCUCACAUCACAUCUCCUCCUUGCCAAUCAUGUUCUCCAGCCGCGUCACGUUGGCAGCUCGUUCAGCGGGCCGCUUGGCCAUGACAGCUCAGACAGCUCCAGCCUUCCGGACCUUUGCUACGGUAUCCCCGGUGACUGCCGCUGCUAAGAGUCACAAGGUUGUGGUGGUCGGCGGCGGGACAGCCGGUCUCGCCAUCAGUCAUCAGCUUCUUCGAUCCGGCAGAUUCGCUCAAGAUGACAUUGCCGUCAUCGACCCCGCCGCGUGGCAUCACUAUCAGCCCGGGUGGACCCUGGUCGCCGCCGGUCUCAAAAACAAGGAGGACUUGCGACAGCCUAUGAAGAGCUUGAUUGACCCCAAGCUCAAGUUCUACAGCGAAAGCGUUGGUGCCUUCGCCCCAGACGACAACCUUGUCACACUAGGCAACGGCGACAAGGUCAGCUACGACCAGCUCGUGGUUGUCCCUGGCAUCAACGUUGACUUCGGAAGCAUCACUGGUCUGCCUGAGGCCCUCGCCAACCCAGACUCCCAUGUGUGUUCUAUUUAUGGCUAUGAAACAUGCGACAAGGUCUUCCGCAGCGUCAAAAGCUUCCACAAAGGCACCGCUCUUUUCACCCAACCAACUGGCCUCGUCAAAUGCGCCGGUGCCCCGCAAAAGACGAUGUGGCUCGCGUUGGAUUACUGGAAGCGAGCCGGCUUGUAUGAUACCACCUCAAAAUCUCCCAUCAACAUUAGCUUCGCUACCGGCAUACCACAAAUGUUUGGUGUCAAAAAAUACAGCGCAACGCUCGAGGAUCUACGCAAGAAGAGAGGUGUGGAGGGUCUUUUCCAGCACGAUCUCAUCUCUAUUGAUGGAAAUACCGCCACUUUUGCCCGUGUUGACGGAAAAGAGCAAGUCAAGAAGCAAUUUGACUUCUUGCAUGUUGUGCCGAAGAUGGGCCCCCAUGCAUUCGUCAAGAACAGCGCUCUAGCAAACGAAGCUGGCUUGGUCGACGUGGACGCCUUCACGACUCGCCACAGCAAAUACCAUAAUGUCUGGUCUGUUGGCGAUGCUUCCUCCUUGCCUACGUCCAAGACAAUGGCAGCUAUUACCUCCCAGGCACCGGUGUUAGUUCGCAACCUACUACGAUCUGUUGAUGGAAAGGAGCUGGACCCUGCAUAUGACGGUUACACUUCUUGCCCUCUCGUGACCGAGUAUGGAAAGGUCCUGCUUGCCGAAUUCAAGUACGAUGGAGUGCCUAAGGAGACGUUCAGCGGCCUGCUAGGCAUCAACCAGGGAGUUCCACGCCGCUCGUUCUACUAUCUGAAGAAGGACUUCUUUCCAUGGAUUUAUAAAUUCAUGCUCAAGGGCGUUUGGGCUGGGCCUAACAUCUGGGUGAAAGCUUAAUCUCGUGUAUACUACCCUGAGUCACAAGGAAAUGGAAUAAAUGGGGUGUUUCUAAGGGUGAGGAAAGAAAGGAAAUGGGGCCGCUCACUUCGCUUUUGGGUGAGUGUCGAAACUAAGAUUCCAGGAUAUCGCCGGUGUGCAUGUAACAAAAAGUUGUUCAAUUGACAAUGUUAUUCUAAA